AUGGCCGGACUCGAACCAUAUGAGGGUACUUCUACAACCACGGAACCAAGCACUAUUAUAUCGAAAGGUCGCAAAAUAUUGGUCAGGCCAACAGAAGUAGGUUUUGAAUUUUCUCGUCCGAAAAUUCGUCCGCCGACGCUCCACGUCGGCGAGCUGAUUCACAAGGCUCCAACUCGGCCAUAUGAAGUAAAGAUGUCAUUGGCGUUACGCCUAAAGAGGAAGGAUAUGGGACGAGUGGUAUGGCGUGGAUGGAAGCGAGUCAGCGGGGAUGUACGGCCUGCAGGGAAGGGUCGACCACUGGGCCGAAGUGAAGGUCGAUCAGGCCAGAUGGGCUUAGAUCCCAGAGACAUGACUUCAUUACGAGCACUUCAACGAACCACAAUGGCCACACCACUUCUGGAUAUGGUGAAAAAACCCGUGAGUGUGGCAGUUGGCACCUUGCAAGGAGAGGAUCAGUAA